AUGCAGCAACCAAGCGUCUCCUCUGGUGAAGUCGAUUUCUAUAUCCCUUCUAUUGAAAAACCAUGUAAAACAUUCUAUAUUAUCUAUGGCGACCCCAAGACUCGGCGGCCACUCGUCUGCGCCCAUGGUGGCCCCGGCGCUGGUCAUGCCUACUUGAAGUCGUUUGCAUCUUUGACAGCCGACUAUGGUAUUCCUGUUAUUCUUUAUGACCAAAUCGGCUGCGGCAACUCUACUCUCUUACCAGAAACCAUAGGUGACAUCAACUUCUGGACUAUCGAUCUAUUCAUGACAGAGCUCGACAAUCUCCUGAAAGCAUUGAAUGUAGAAGAUGACUAUGAUUUCUUGGGGCAAUCGUGGGGCACUAUAUUGGGAAGCGAGUACAUAAUUUCACGUCAGCCAAAGGGAAUGAAGCACUAUAUUAUUUCCAAUGGAGUCGCGAGCGGAAAGCUCUUUGGGGAAGCAACCAGGAAACUUAUUAGUGAGCUGCCACAAGAAUCACGAGAUAUGAUUCUCAAGCACGAAAGUAGUAAGACAUACGACGAUCCUGAAUUUCAAGAAGCGUCAAUGGUUUUCUACAAACGACAUGUCUGUCGCCUUGAUGACUGGCCCGAGGAUUUAAUGCAGUCGUUGAACUUACUCGACCUACAUAAUAACCCUACAGUCUAUUUAACUAUGAAUGGGCCCUCCGAGUUCACAAUGGUUGGUCCUUUAAAAGAUUAUUCGGCGGUUGGACGUUUGCAUAUGGUCAAUGUCCCGACAUUGAUUAUGAAUGGAGAAUUUGAUGAGACUACCGACAGCGUAAAUAUGCCUUUUUUCAUAGAGAUCCCAAAGGUCAGAUGGGUAACUAUUUCAAACGCAUCUCAUAUGCCCUGGCUUGAGGACCCUGAUCGAUAUUUCAGUGUGCUUGCAAAUUUCUUGUUAUCAUAA